CGUGUCUCCUAAGUCAGAUACAGUGUCUGACCGAGUUAGUGUCACAUUCGAGGUUGUGUGCGACAACUGAUAACAGUAACAGCUGCAGUUCACUUGUAGCUGUGACUUGAAACAGAAGUCGGGGCUGUCUGACGUCACCCCUUACGCUGACGUCACACUCGUGCAAACGUCACUCUUCUGACGUCAUUCCUUUACACUGACGUCACUCCUUACAACAAUGACAUCACAAGGGAUAGUCCCCAUCGUAGAUUUGGGCCAAUUAAGCUUGGCUCACGCGUCCGAACCAAGCCGUGACGAGUGGCUUCGCGUAGGGAAGUCCGUCGCCGAAGCCUUCCAGAACAUCGGCUUUGUUUACCUCAAGAACCACGGCGUUCCCGAAACCCAGGUUUCUUCUCUCGUGGCUUCAGGAGGCCGGUUCUUCGACCUCGACCUGAAGACGAAGAACAAGUACCCGAGGAAUCCGGAGAAGCAGCAAGGAUACGUGGAGGUGGAUAGAGAAAAAUUUGACCCCGCGAACUUCAAGCACGAACUGAGGGAGGCGUAUGAUAUUAAACGCAGCGACGGCGAGUUCCCGGAUGGAGAAGUCCCCGCCCUCCGCCGAGAUGCCGAUGCGUUCAUUAACACCUGCAAGGCCUUGUCGCUGCGGAUCCUGAAGGCCAUGGCGCUGGGAAUAGACCUGGACGAGUCGUUCUUCGUGGACACGCACCAGGAGAUCUGCUCGGACAACAACGCCUCCUGCAUGCGCCUGCUACACUACCCGCCCGUGCCAGAGGACGUCCCAGCUGAGGCCAUCCGCUGCGGAGCCCACACGGACUACGGGACUAUAACACUUCUUUUCCAGGAUGAUAUUGGGGGACUGCAGGUUCGCGAUCGCCAGAAUCAGUGGGUCAAUGCCGACCCAGUCCCCGGCGCCAUACUCGUUAACGUGGGAGAUAUCCUUCAGUUCUGGACUACAGACAAAUUCAUUGCCACUGAACACCGAGUGUUGAUCCCAAAGGAAGAGAAACGCAUGAAGGCAUCGCGGCGUUCCGUGGUGUUCUUCGUUCACCCAGACGACCCUGUUCUCAUCAAGCCCCUGGACACUUCCUCCACGUAUCCCAUAGUCACAGCGAGAGAACAUGUCCUGAGGAGGUUUAAGGAGACUUACACAUAUUGAGUUUGUUUACAUUUCGGAUGCGUGUUUCUCUGUGGCGUUUGCUCUUAUGUUAUACGGUUCUUUUUCCUUGCUUUCGCUUUACUUCACAACUGUUGUAUUACCAAGUUUAUUGAUGUGUUUAUGAGUGCUUUCUUUUUUGAAGUCGCGCAUACAUGUACACGUUUGAUGCACAGUCGCGGACCAAAGCCACGUUCAGAAUUAAGCAUUCGAAACGUCAGGCAAGAAUUUUGACACGGCUGUACAUAAUUUACUUGCGUUUCGAUUAUUUUUUUUCUUAAAGAUCCAGAGUGAAUUUCACACCAGCUCGCUAUCUAGUUAUUUGGGGACCACAUAUUACAAUAUGAAUUUUCUAUUUUCUUGGUGUGUUUUGAAUCCGUUGAGUGUUUUUCUCUCUCGUUUGCACUGUAUUAUGUAUUAAAGAAAUGUGCCAUUUGUAACCUAGACUCAUGUUGUGAUAUGUUGUAAUGAUAAACGUUCAAGCAGGAGAGCUGUUAUUUUUAAAAAGUGCUUAUAAUCUCUCUCUCUCUCUCGCUCUCUCUCUCCCUCCUCUCUCUCUCUCUCUCUCUCUCUCGCUCUCUCU